AUGAAUAAUAAGAAGAUUUUAGAGCUCGUAUCAAAAAUAUUGAUCUUUAAAACUGAACAUUGCCAGCAUAAGCAUUCCUGCAUUAGAAAUACUUUCCAAGGUGCAAGUGAAGCAUUUAUAAAGGCAUUUAUUGCGAAAUUGUGUUUGAAUGGAUUGAUGCUAUUAUUAAGUUUGAAGAAGGUGAUGAAAUCGGAUAAGAAAUUCUUAAAUGCAUUUAAAAUUCUACUAAAUAAGUAUGAAUCCAUUAAUGUUAAGAACUAAUUUCCAAUUAGGAUUGUUUAUGGGGUUGUAAACAUUCUUACUCAAAGGAAUUUAAUGUUCAUUAAGAACAAUAAGAAAGAAAGAGGAUGGCAUCAAUGCUCUCUUGUCUGGCUUCAUUGCUGGAGGGUUAAGCUUUAUGACUCAGGAGGAGAAUGUUAAAUACUUAGUCAGAGUGUACUUAUUUGGCAGAGCGGUUGAUUGCAUCUAUUAAUCUUAAGUUGAAAAGUAUUAUUUACAUUUUAUUAUAAAUAGAGGACGAUUCAAACACAGGAAAAUAAUACCUGUUGUGGUCUUUGCUCUCAUGUCCACCUUGAUUUCAUUUGCUUUCUUCUUUGAACCUGAGAUCUUGCCAUUGGAUACAUAUAAGAUGUAUUAGAACUUCUCAGGGGCUGAAAUGAAUGAUUCAUUAUGGCACAUGUGUAAUGUGUAAGCUUGGAGAAAUAAAAUUAAUGCAGCGAAAUCCUCAUGA